AGAGCACGGUAAUCAUUAGAGAGUUAGUCAGACUCAGCAAGGUUGUUCCCCUACUUCAGGAUGAAGAGAGUCAAGAGCCACCGAGAAAGAAGUCAAGAACGAUGGAGGAGCGUCCAGCUGCCGGUCCUUCGACACGAACCAUAGAUUUACCUAUGGAUGCAAGUUGAAGAUGCCCCUACACCCAUCCUGAUUCUGGCAGAAGAAAACAAGACUCCUACAAAAGCAACCAGACACACUGGUGUCAUCUCUACCGACAAUCUAAUGAGAAAAUCGCCAAGUCUUUCCCCGCUAGUAGCAAGUCCCAAUGAGCACCCAGCUGCGGAUUAUGACUCCAGUGAUUCGGGUGGUUCCUAUCUAUCCUACGCAAGUCCCAGUCGGCAGCGAUCCCCUGUCAGCUCACGUACAGGAACACCUCCUCCCGAAGAACCACGACUGCUCAGCCGGGCUGUGGACAUCAUGAAACAGAUCACGGCCGACGAUCAACGCAUUCUCAACCAGGCUGCCACUCUCCGCCAGAGAGCGGCGGGGCUGAAAGAGCAGGCGAGUAAAGUGCGGGACGUCGUGCGUGUCGAGCAGGGACGCCGUGUGAGAUUGGAGGCCUACUUCGCGUACUGGAGAGAGAUCACGCCUCAAUGGCCAAAAGAUUGGAUCUACGAAGAGGGCGAGGAGGAUCAGAUCCGGACAGAGCGAGUGCUGAGGACUAUGCCACUACCGCUACCGUCAACAGGCCCGACAGGUCCACCUACUUUGUCUUUUGACGGACGAGACGCACCGAACUCUCAUAGGGAGUUGAGACGCCGUCAACUUCAGCCACGACAUAAAACUCAUGAGCAGAAGAAUGGGGCAGCUGCCCCUCCUGCAGAAGUCGAGCAAGCAGAUAAACAUGCCAAUCACCUACCUUCCCCGCAGUUUACAAACAAAGGAAGACCGGCAAAACGAAAACACUCUACUUGAAUCGUUGACGAUUGAUACUUUGAGCUUGAUCUACCGAUGUUAC